AUGAGCACGGUAACGUUGCGAUGGAUCGGGGAUCUCGAUCAGGACAAAAGGGAGCAAGCUGGGUGUGUUAGCUCAUCCAGUGAUCAAUAUCGCCCCAAGAAAAUUGAGUUAAAACCUGGACAAAAGGAGAUUCGUAUUGGGCGAAUUAACACGAAAAUGCCACCUGAUUACCCAAUUGAGAGUUGCAUAAACAGCCGAAUGAUCUCUCGGAAUCAUGCCACUAUUGAGCGUUCUGCAAAGGGUGGCUCUAUGCUGUAUGAUCAUAGUAUGAACGGAACUUAUGUGAAUUACACCCGCGUCAUCGGAGGGGUCACGCUCAAACACGGAGAUAUUGUUUGUUUUGGCCACUUGAAUGGGGCGAAUCUCAAACCUGGAGAAAAAGUAUCGUUGUUCUACUCCGAUCUGAAGUAUCAGGUAAGUGUUGCAAUCGUAGUUUGUCGUCCGAACCUCAGAUACUUGUUAGUGGAGGUUGAACUCAGCGAUGCUCCCCCAUCCAAGGAGACCCCAGCAAAUGCAACAAACGCAAAGAAACGCAAGUCACAUACAGCACAUUCCGGCUCUACCGUGUCAUCUACUCAGAGAUCUGAAGAAGAAGAUGAUGCGUCCGCUGACUCGGGCGAUGAUGUGAAACGAUCAAAGUCAAGCACAGGUGCUAGUCGGCCCAUGACUGGCAAACACAAGCCCUUCAAAAAACCAAGUGCCAACACAAGCCGACGGAAGGUUGAGGACGAUGAUGACGACGAUGAUCUUGAUGAUGAUGACGAAGAUGGCGCUUCUGUCGGAAAACGUUCAACUUCCAGUGCAAAAGCUAGUAAGAAGCGAACUAAUGGCACUGAAAAAAGUAAGAAACCCAUGCACUCUAGUUCAGUCUCAAGGAAACCGAGUUUGAACAAGAGUGCUCACGGAAAGGAAAAACGAGCCAAAAGCUCCAAGAGUAAAUCCGGCACAGAUGAUGCAGAUGCUAGUGGCAACGAGAUGUUCCAUUAUGAUACGGAAGAAUGUUCUGCUCGACCAUGCAAACAGCCACAAGACAUUGCAAUCGACUGGAUUCAGUGUGAUAAGUGUACGCUGUGGUACCAUCAAGUUUGCGUUGGUUUGAAACCAAGCGAUGCAAACGUCGAGACCUAUUUCUGUCCCUACUGUAAGAAAUAA